GGCUUUAAUUUAGCCUUUUCGAGCUGUCACACCCCGUGUCAUGUGCUGCCGUUCCCCACGGAGACCCACGGCGGUGCGGAGGUCGACGAUCCACCGACUCUCUGUCCCCUCCCAUCGGCGUCCCCUGCUGCCGUGCGCGGCCACACCUGCACUAAUCGGGGAAAGUCCGUCCGGUGGAGAGGCAGAGAGACCGAAAGGCUUCAGAGAAGCGGAGGCAGGAAGCGGAGCACCUUCAGCAGCUCCCAUCGCAUUACUCUGGACACUUUGAUCCGAAAAGGGAUAAGGCAUGAAGCCGUGCGAUGAUUGGUGGUAGGCUACUGAGACUUUGCAACCGUGGAGGACACAGCUGGAAAAUUUGGAUUAAAGACGAAAUAGACAGGCACGAUUCGGAAAAGAAGAGACCGAGUAUGAGCAGCUGAGCGCACAGGUUUUCCCUUGUGAUCCCUGACAGAGUGAGGACAGUGACACUGACUCAGCCAUUGUCUCCUCGCCGUUUCCGGACAGAGUGAGGCUCCCUGGGUGCCUCUGAAGUCCAUUGUGACUGUAGUGAAGAAAGAAAGAUCCAGCUUGUUUGCAUAAAGACCAAUUCAGCAUCAUUCCCCUUUGCCAGCCACAUUUGCAACCCCAAGAACAGCAGUGAAGUCUCAGCACUAUCCCUAGCCCCAAGCCUAUCCCUCCAUCCUCAGCCCCCUCUCCUCUGACCACCUUAUCCCUAUCCUACUCCCUCAGCCCCUUCCCUCUCUCCAGCCCCGGCGUCAGCCUCGCCUUUGCCCCAUUCGGAGUCCCAGAUGACAGCUCAGGAACAUCCGUUACCCUCCUACUCCAUACGAGCCUUCUUUCCUCUCCUUCCAGCCCCUGUGGCACUUGGCACCAAUGCCCAUCACAUAGACAGAUGGAGCCAACCCUGACCCCUGUCCUCGCCCGUGGGGACGCCAAGAGAAUCAACGCCUGACUAAAGGAGAGGGGGUGACGGCUGCCGCCCUGCAAAACCAGACUGGAAAUUCUGUGGAUAUCUGGAUUCUUUGCUUUGGAUGUUGAAGCUGUUAGGAUGAUUUGGAUUCACCUCUGUAUCUAGUUAGCAUGAGCUAUACAAAUUGUCCUUCACACAGGACCAAGAUACCUAAACUGUGGAACCUUUGAGUCGAGGCCACAGCGGAUACAACAACAAUACACUGAGCUCAGUCAAGUGUUUUGGUACAUUUUGUGUAUUGCAUUCACUUCCUCUGCAUAUUUGCCGCCAACUCAAGCCACCUUUAAGAUUAUCAGGGUAAUAUACGUAGUAACCCUAUAAAACUGUAGUUUUCUGCUGGUCCUGAUAAAAGUAUGGCUGAAUGAAAUAAGGAUCGAAAGCAUUAUUUGGUGGAUUCUGUUUUCUAUGUUGUGGUGGCGGCCUUAUUCACCAGACUGGGAGUGGCAUCAGGAUGCCUGAACUGGACAACUUUGCCCCCCUGAGGGGUCAGAGAGGUCCCGAGCUGAGCUUAAAUGGUCCAGCAGACCCACUUCAGAUUCAGCACAGCAUCCUGGAAGAGCAGGUGGAGCUGUGGUGGUUCAGAGAUCCUGGGAAGUCUCUGCUCUGCUACUGCGUGGCUGUACUUCUAAUUGUGGGCUGCGGGCUGGGUGGCGUCGGCCUUCUCUCCACCACCACCAGCGUCUCGAGCGAAUGGCGACUGGGCGCAGGCACGGCCCUCUGCCUGCUAGCCCUAGGGGUCCUGCUCAAACAACUGCUCAGCUCGGCUGUGCAGGACAUGAAUUGCGUUCGAAGCCGACAGCGGAUCAACAUGCUAAAAAGUGGUGGUUUGUCGGACGUCCUUGUGGUUUUGAUUACAGGGCUGUCAUUGUUGAUUUGUGGAGGGGUUCUACUAUACCUGGCCCUGGCUAACCACAUGCCGAAGCCUGGCCAAGCCCUUAAUGACAUGUACAUCUCUGGAGUGGUUUUGCUAGCUGGAGGAGGGGCUGCAGUGGUGGGUGUUGGGAUAUACUCGUUUGCGGUCGUCCUGCUUGAGAGGACAAGGCACGGACGACGGUUGGUGGAUCGGGUUUUGAAUAUCUUCACUGUUUCUGGACACAUGGACCGCCAGGCCCGCAGAGAGACUACCUCCAGUCUGGCUAAUCUCAUAUGAGAAGUAACCACACGAAGACUGUGUAUUUUAGCCCCUUGCUCUUCAUGUCAGAACAUUUAGCCUCCACUAAAUUAGAGCUUUAUGUCCAAAUAUCACAAGACAUCUGUUUAGAACAAGAUUCAUCCCUUACAUGCUUCAGCUUUGUCACUAGCCGAUAAGACUGCGUUUGAGGCCAAACAAGCUGAAGUUGUAAUAUCUGCUUGGUGAAGAUGUCCGCAAUAAGCACACAAAGCAGGGAUGAAAGGAUUGAAGUAAUAUACUAAAUAAUUACAUUUGCUUUAUAUAAAGCGCUUCUUCACAAAUGGUGUUUGUAUAAAAAGUUGUAAGACUACACAGAUGAAGUCGACACAGGGGAGUGAUUAGAGGGGUCAUUUACAAAUUGGACUGUCUCACAUUCAAGAUAAUGUAAACACGUAUCCUGUAAAAGUGUCCUUGGGCCACACAUUUUACCACUACCUGCUCAAUUAUUUUAAGAUGAUAUGUAUAUGAGCACCAGCUGAAAGGUUAAAAUGUAAAUGGAAGAUACAGAAUGAGUGAAAGAUGGGACAACAAAAAUAUGAAACAAAAAACAACUUUACAAAUGUUCUUUGUGUUUCACGCACCACCCUUACUCUGUCCAUGUUAAUGUAAAGAUAUGGAAAUAUAGAGCCUGCAAAUUUGAGGGAUUUGAGGAUGGUCAAUACCUCAGUGAUGCUAAACUCCAGCCAUUUGGAAUAACUUCUCCCUGUGAUCUCAUUUUUGUUCCUCAGUUCAAUAAUAAUUUACCAUAAUACAUGGAGUAGGGCUUUGGUGUUUAUGGUGGACCUGGUCGGAACUUCACUGUAACAUUUGGCUGCCUACACAUCAUACUAGACAACAUGAUUGUCGGAGAAUUAUAUCACAGCACUUAAGAAUGUAUGGAUAAUUUGUGCUUUUGAGCAUCAACCCAUUAUUUUCUUGACUGUUAGUCUUGCAGCGCUUUGUUUUCCUUAAACCUGCUUUAAUCUAUAAUUUUGAUAUAACACUAAAUGAAAUGACUCUGUAUGAUGUAAAAUUGUCAUUCAUUGUGCUAAAGACAUGGAGAUUCACAAAUCGCUGCAGCUCUACUGACUUUCUUAGCCUCUUAGCUCAUUGUUCAUAUUAUAUGGAGUCUCAUUCUCAUCAGUCCUGCAAACAUUUUCAGCCAUGAAGCUCUGAUAAGGCUCACUGUACUGUAAACCACAUACAGUACGCUACCCACCUUCAACUGGCAAACAACGGCUACUUUGGCUGACGAACUAGCUAGCAUCUUGCUAGCUAAAGGUAUUUUCCUGAGGAGUUGGUGGAUACCAAAUCAGCGCAUAAGAGACUAUAAAUAGCUACUGGACUUAUAAUCGUCAGAAGCCGAACUCUAUAUAAAUACCAAUGUAUCUGCUGAAUGUCUAAGUAGACAAUUGCAGAGAUCCAUAAAGACUGUGAGGACAAUGUCAUUGUCAACUCUUAUUU